AUGAUGUUUCACAGCUCUCUCUCUCUCUCUCCCCUCUCUCUCUCUCCCCUCUCUCUCUCUCUCUCUCUCUCUCUCUCUCUCUCUCUCUCCUUAUUGCUUCAACUAAUUUAUUCUUUCCUGGUGAGUUUCAUGACUUCUCUCUCUCUCUCUCUCUCUCUCUCUCUCUUUCCUUAUUGCGUCAAGCCAUCUCAGUGGCAUGGCACACGUGGCUGUCGUUCUUUCCCUUUCUGGCCCUUUUUCCUUCUCUUUAAUUUUCUUUUCUUCAUCUUCUUUAUUCCUCUGCCUCUGUUCCUUUACUCUCCUCCUCUUGAGCUCUCUCUUUCUCUCUCUCUCUCUCUUUUAUCUUUUUUCUAUAUCUAUUUUUUUUUUCAUUCUUGUAUUCUCUUUCUUUUUUCGUUGAUCUUUCUCGUUCAUGCUUUUUCUCAUUCUUUCUCUUUUUUCUUUUUGUUUAUUUCUUCCUCUCUUUAUCAUUUUUUUUAUCCAUGGUUACUUUCACCUUUAAGUAUCCUUUCUCUUUCAUUUUCCCAUUUCUUUCUCCAUAUAUUUUCCCAUUUUUCUUCUUUUUCCUUCUGUGGUCUUUUCGUUUCAUUCUUUCGCAUCAUUUUUCUUCUUUGUCGAUAUUCUUUCUUUCUCUUCCUUUCGUUUGUUAGUCUUUUACAUAUAAUAUUCUUUCAUUAUCUAUUAUCUUUCUUCAGUUCUUUCUUCAUCUCUUCCUUCUCACACCUUUGUACUCUCUUUCUCUCCUACAAUUCCCAGUCUUUCUCUUCUUCUAACAUCUGUUUCCUUAUUUCUUUUUCUAUCCGCCCACCCUUAUUACAAAAGAGGGGCCCGGGUAAUAAGAAGGCGAACAGAAAUAAAUAUAGAAACUUGCGCGUCCAGUCCCGUUUUUUCUUUAUUUCCACGUUGUUUUUCUUCUGCCUUCCUUUUACAGUCAACGGUUCACUGUUUCUACUCCACUUCCACAUUGUGCUUCCUUCUUUCCUUUUUUGUUAUUUCUGUAGCGCCUCAGACACUAACAUCAGUAGGGACGACAAGCUUCUUGCUAAGGGAAAACAUCAACUGCCUCUCCGACUUAAAAGGAACUCGUUGCUAAAAGCAGAGCGCAGCAGUCGUCGAAGGUACGAGAAGGCCCGCGGAACCGUCACACAGGAUUCCCUUAACAAAUGUCGAGAUAAUCGAAGCAAACUACGGGAGGAAAUUGAUUAUCUCCAAAAAGAUCUCUAUGCCUACAGAAGGCGUCUGGAACGUGCCUACCGACCUCGCAUUGUGUUGGCAAGCCGCAGAGAACCCGAUGUAAAAGAUAUUGGUUUGUUCAAACUUUAUCCACGUGGCGUCACUGAUCCACCAACGUGGACAUACGGCGAUGAAAAAGUUUGGGGCACUCCAGCUCCAAUCGAUAUAAACAGUAAUCCUGUGGUGUCAAAGACCAUUUUCUCGUCUGACGGAAGUGUGCGCCGUAUUUUUACAGUUAAAUCAGAAGUGUAA